AUGUCCGGCGCAAGGCAUUGGGAGCAAGAUAAAGAGGCUACUGUCUAUAUUGGUAACCUCGAUGAACGGGUCACAGACAGCCUGGUAUGGGAGUUGAUGCUGCAGGCCGGGCGCAUCGUUAACGUUCACCUACCGAAAGACCGAGUCACCCAGUUCCACCAAGGCUAUGGAUUCGUCGAGUUUAUCAGUGAAGAGGACGCGGAAUACGCGUCCCGAAUCAUGAAUGGCAUUCGUCUCAACGGGAAACCAAUCCGCGUGAACAAGGCAUCUGCCGAUAAGCAGAAGUCGGUGGAAAUUGGCGCAGAGCUGUUUGUCGGCAACCUGGACCCUAUGGUGACUGAACAGGUUCUGUAUGAUACAUUCAGCCGCUUUGGCAACUUGAUUACACUACCCAAGGUUGCGCGAGAUGACAACAACCUAUCAAAGGGUUAUGGGUUCGUUUCUUUCAGUGACUUUGAGUCUUCGGAUGCUGCUAUCACCAAUAUGAGUGGUCAGUAUCUCAUGAACAAACAGGUCUCGGUACAGUAUGCCUACAAGAAGGAUGGCAAGGGAGAGCGACAUGGUGAUCAGGCCGAACGACUGCUGGCCGCACAAGCUCGCAAACACAACGUUCAACCACCAACGCCAUCGAUACCGCCGCAAUUUUCGGGCCCGGGGACUCCCAUGGCUCCUGCAGUCGCUACUAAUGAUAACCCGCGACCAUUGAGCACAGGCCCGCCUGAUCUAGGUAUGGGCAGAGGCGUUGCUUCACCAAGCGUUGGCUUCCAGAAUGCGCCACCUACACAUCCCAGCCGGCCCGUCCCUGUUCCCACUCCUUUGGCCAACCCCCCGCCCGGUUUGCCAGCGCGACCUCCCCCAUCCCAGGCGGGCUAUGGUGGCCCACAAGCCUUCAUACCACCGAGCUUUACUCACAAUUCAGGCCAGCAAGCCCCGUUCCCGCCCCAAGCGGCGCCUCCGCCCGGCUUUGCUCCCCCAGGCUUCGGUCCUCCUGGGGGUGCUCCUACAGCACCCCCGCCGUUGCCUCCGGGCUUUCAGCAGGGCGGUUAUGGUCGGGGCCGCUGA